GUGGGGCAUUGCAACUUCCCACACUUAAAUAACUUAACCAAACAAGAGCACCAAAAAUCAAUUCUAGCCAUGUUAUUGGAAAGCCUAAUAUCUCUCAUUUAUUUUUUGCUAAUUUCUUUUCCCUCAAACAUUAAUUGCCUCAUAUCAUCCAAUCAUCAUAAACACCAUCCACCAACUUCUUUGUUCAUCUUUGGGGACUCUAUAUUAGAUGUUGGCAACAACAACUAUAUCAACACCUCAACUCUUGACCAAGCUAACUUUUGGCCUUAUGGUGUCACUUUCUUCCACCAUCCAACCGGACGUUUCUCCGAUGGCCGUGUCAUUUCCGACUUUAUUGCGGAGCGUGCGAAUCUUCCUUCGAUUCCACCGUAUCUUCAACCGGGAAAAUGGAGAUUUUACGACGGAGUUAACUUUGCAUCUGCCGGAGGUGGUGCUCUUGUAGGAACCUUCAAAGGAUAUGUUAUAGACCUCCAUAUGCAGGUAAAACACUACAAGACGGUGGAAAAAUGGUUAAAAAACAAACUAGGAAAUGUGAAAGCAAAGACGAAGUUGGAAAGGAGUGUGUAUUUGUUUAGUAUUGGCACAAAUGAUUACAUGAGCCUUUUCUUGACAAAUUCAUCUACUCAUCUUACUCACAACAAAUCUCAAUAUGUUAGUAUGGUCAUCAACAACAUCACUUCUGUGGUCAAUGAAAUAUACAAGACAGGUGGGAGAAAAUUCGGGUUUCUAAACCUGCCACCAGUUGGUUGUUUUCCUGCACUUAGAAUGUUAAAUCCACAAGGAAAUGACGAGUGCCAGACGGAAGUUUCAAGUUACAUUAAGCUGCAUAACAAAGCAAUUUCUAUAGCCUUAAAAGACCUAGCUAAGGAUUUACCAGGCUUCAAAUUUGCACUUUUCGAUUAUUAUACUAGUACCUUGCAAAGAGUUAACCACCCUUCCAAAUUUGGGUACAAGGAGGGGAAGACGGCAUGUUGUGGGACAGGGAGAUUCCGGGGGGUGUCGAGCUGCGGAGGAAGACGGCCGGUAAAAGAGUAUGAGUUGUGCAAGAAUAUAAAUGACCAUAUAUUUUGGGAUUCAUUGCAUUACACGGAGAAGGCUUCUAAGCAAAUUACAGAUGAAAUGUGGAGCAACAUUAAUUAUAUUCAUGGUUCAUACACCAUCAAGGAUCUAUUCCAUUUACCAUCAUAAUUAUUAAUUCUUGUAAGUUAAAACUCCUUCCUAAUUGAUUUCCUAAUUGAUUAUUGGGAGGGUACAUAUAAUUUGUAAUGAGGAUGCUUCACCAUGGAAGUAAUUCCGCGUGAUCAAUGUAUUAUAGGUUUAUUAUUUAUAUUUAUACUACUCGUAGUUUGUGA